AUGGGAACUGUGAAUCGUGAUCGACUUUAUCAACCUUUUUCGAACAACCAACAUGGAUUUAGGAGACAAAGCUCUUCGCUAGACGGUGAUUUGAACUCUUUCCGUGGUAAAUACACAAAUACACGCAUGACUAGUUGUGCUCAACCUUCUCCGGUAAGCUAUGAAUCAGGGGCCAAUUCACCAGCUGAUCAGCUACGUCCGCCGGUGGAUGCACCAACUUUAUCAGUACAAUCUUCUGCUACAUUGACCAAUGGCAUUAAAGCGAUCUCCGUUUGCGCUCUCAUGCUGCUCGGAUGUUUGGUUCUAUUCGCCUACACUUUCCCUGGUAAAUUGAAACUGGACACUGUGCACGCCAAAGAUUUUGUGCGGAAACCAGCCGUUCCACAAUUCUGGCAUCGUUUUGGACCCUCUCACCUAGAAGGGGUAAUUCCGGGCAGGAUGAAACGCGAUGAGCCUAAGAAAAUCCCGGAACACUUGGACUAUGGGCCACUAGAUGAGCCAAACUGCAUGGAGUACACCAAAGUGCUGUCGGCACUUCGUACACAAAUAGGUUCGUUGUACGCAGUGGACGUUCCCGGGGAGGAGACCAAUUUCAGUUAUGCCCAUCUCUCUCGCCGACCGUGGACCGAGCAGUUAAAAGCCAACUUCCUUUGGGCUGUAAAUUUACACGUGCCCAACAAAGCACAACGUACAGCUUAUUUUGAGCAACUUAUGAGCAGGCAGAACCCUGUUGCACAACUGCCGCGUUUUGCACACGCGAUAAUUUUUCACCCACCAGAAAUUCGAGAGUAUCUCGUGGGUCCAAUGAAAGCACCUACUGAAAUCCAACUACUUCGCACCUUACCUUAUCAGAAACGUCCUCUUGGAACUAUAGAAUACGAAGCUUUGGUUGACUUUCUAGCCAUCCAAUGCACUCAACUUGAUUCCUUGCUCCAAGAAGUGUAUGGAGCCAGUUAUUUCCGUGAAGUACCUAGCGCACAAUGGCGGUUGGGUUCGAAUGAGGGAUAUUCAACAUGGUUGUCGGGUAACGGAACGAGUAGGUGUCAGACUAAAUUUGACAAACCAAACGCAUUUGGCCGUCCGCACUGUCUUAUGCCUACGUUCACCUCACCGAUGACCACUCACGAAGCUCCUGAUCGCAGACGCAUGUGGCUUCGACUGAUGCACCAGGUGAUCGCAUUUAUUCAGCAUCCAGUGGAUAUUCAGUUCUACGUCGAUCACACGUCGGUGGAUCCGAAUGAAUGGUUUCUUGUUCAAAUCUGGUUUCAAGGUCAUUUCUACAAAUCGGUAGGGCAUCUGAUGAAAGCCUGGAAAGAUCGUCAGUUCCGUGUUCGUUAUCGUCCGUUCGCAAAUCUGUACGGUGGCGACAUAUUCGGAAAAACCGGUGAUACUCUUGAGGAAAUCAACCCAACAUCCAAAAGCUCCGGUUCGAAAAAGUCAUCAUUUCUUGGAUCACAGUGGAUGAAAAACCUUUUAGGACGCACGAAACGAGAUACAACUCAGACCCCGGGGCAAACAUCCGAAAAACCGUCCGUGGAUAAUGCCAAUCGCUUGCGGAUCAAGAAUCGGCAUGUGAAAUACGAUUUGUGGGAUUUUCACUUCACAGUACGACGUGACACGGGGUUGCGAUUCUACGGUGUGUAUUUUGACGGGAUCAGUAUCCUUGCUGAGGGAGGAAUGGAUGAAACGGCCACAGUUUACUGGGGCUGGACACCGUUCAUGCGUCAUUUAACUUCCCUGGAAACAAUGUUCGGUGUUGGUGCCAUGGCUUCAGAAUUGGCUCCCGGACUGGACUGUCCAGAAUCGGCCACGUACUUUCCAGUCCAGUUGGUUCUGGCUGGUGAUGUGGGCCCAGUAGAAAUAGAGCAUGGGGUUUGUCUAUUUGAAUCUACUGUGGACCCUCCAGGUGCUCCAGUACGCCGACAUUAUGAAUUCGCAUUGAAUCCUUCUGUGGAGUAUGGACUACCUACCGUGACGGAAAACGACCAUACGAACUUUGGAUUUGGAGCUCCUGGUCAUAUCCACGUGGAUGCUUUUUACCCAUGGCCAGAGCCAAAUCGGUUCCAACCGGUCGGUUUGGUACAGUCUUCAAACGCGUUUGGGUUUCUGUCGAACACUGAUCUACUUAAUUUUGUGAUCCACCAUCAUUUGUUCCAUUUUAAAUUGGACGUGGACGUGAUCGAUCAAAGGAACGCAUUUGACGUCGUUUAUGUCUACGGUCCGUUGAGUCUCAACGACUCGCAGACAAACCUACAAGGCCCCGGUAAAACUGACCCCAGUCUACCGCCUGGAUUGUGGAUGACAAAAAAACGAGUGAAAACAGAAAUGGAAGCACGAUUUCAUACGAAAUUUGAAGUUCCUGCGCAAUAUUUGACUUGUGCCAAGGCAGAUCAAUUUAGCCGAUCAGGACCACCAAAUUUGAACUGUGUUGCUUUGGUAAAUAAAGGAGCCAUCAAAACUUUGCUCAGUGAUACCCAUACAGAAGCGUUUGCAUGGACCCGACAUCAGCUCAGUGUGACCCGAUAUCACGAUGACGAACCACGUGCUUCUUCUAUUUACAACGGUGUUGACUUGGUCGACCCGGUUGUAAAUUUUACCAAAUUCAGUGAGAACGACGAGAGUAUCGAGAACGCGGAUUUGGUUCUAUGGGUAACCGUGGGAAAUUAUCACUUGCCUCGACAUGAAGAUCUACCCAAUACAGUGACAAGUGGCGGGAAACUUGCAUUCUAUUUGACACCGCAUAAUCUAUUUCGAUACAGUCCAGAUGCACUUCAGUGCGACCGGUUUUUUACAAAAAAUAAAGCGGAUUGGAUUCGAGGAUCCGGAGUGGACCCAGACUGUGUAUCACAAUCCGUCCCGAGGCUCUGA